AAAAGACUGAGCUACUAUCCUAAUAGUGAAAGAACUCAAAAAUGGCCAGCCAUAGAAACCCCAUUCAUAUUUUAUGAAACGCCACGAGCGAACAAGAUAGAUGAAUUUUACAAAUUACUAACAGACCAUAACACAAAUAUCGCAAUUAUCACCGAAUCCUGGCUCAUUCCAAAAGACAUCAUCAAAUUUCCUAGCUACCAAAUAUACAGACAAGACGGACCACUAAUCAUCAGCGGAAUAUUAAUAAUUGUUCACAAGGACAUCACUACGGAAGACACACCACAACCAGCCACUUCAAACAGAAAUAUUAAACAAAAUCAAAACAGCCCUAGAUUAACCACUGGAGCGGCUUCUUCUCCUCCCCCCAACAAAAUAUACCUACAACUACAGACCAAAGCCGGCACAGAAGGUAAAAUCAACAAUUUCAGACAGAAAAUACCAAAACCUUUCCGCAAUGCAACCCACAAACACCAAAACCAGAAUCAACAUUUUCCUGAGGACCCAACCCACCUGGGCCUCGUUGAACAAAAAAACAAACAUAGAAGAAAGUUUCCAAAACUUGGCAACCCCUUCCACAAAUUACACAGAUAUCUGCACUCGAAUCUCAUCCAUAAGCACAUUAUGCUCCUCUCCAACAACAAAGUCACUGAACCGGACAAAGUCUCACUUCUGCAUUUAAAAAAGUCCCAACCAAAUCUCUUAUUACAUAUUCAAAACUUGCCUCAAACUGCUAUUUUCCUACGAUGUGGAAACUCGUCAAAA